AUGGCUCUACUCGCUUUCUUCAAGAUAUUUGGUCGCAAAACAUUCAAAGACUGCGCUACUACCCUCCAAAACGCCCUUAAGUAUCAACAACGAAGGUCACUGGCAUCUCUGCGCAGCCGUCUUGACAUACUAAGAAAAAGACAUCCGGGACUGUGGGAGCAGGGGUGGGACCUCAAGAUGGGCCAAUCCGUGAUCAAGGAGUCGUUGUUGCAAUACCAUGAUCAGGUUCUCUUCUCAAAGUACGUCGACGAAUACAUACAACAGCUAUACCAGGAACAAAACGUAAAGAGGGCUAGAGAGCAAGAGAGCAGGGAUCCCCCCCAGAGCUCUACAGAAUCGAUAUUAAAUCUACAUGAUUUUGAUCUUGCACAAGAUACUGCCGGGUCGUGCGACUUUAUGUCAGGCGCCAAUGGAUCUCCUUACCUGAUAGAGUCAGAGCUACGAAGCCUGGACUAUCGACCAGCGCAGUUGAUCGAUCAUGAAUACACCAUUCAGAGCUGGGACUCGUUGCAGGACGUCUUAUGGAGACCAUAUGAGCCUCAUAGUAGUGACUGUGGUGGUGUCCCAAGUCACUUUAGUGCCCGAUACUCAGGGUUCUGGCAAGUACGUGUAGCCGAUGACGAUGUCCCGAGUGGCCGAAUGGCUACUUUGCAGUCUUCUCCGCUCGUUCUAGCGGCACUCAAUGCGAACUAA